UGAAAUUAAAGGACACUUGACAAUCCAAUCACCUUGGUUUCCGCUUUGUAUUUUUUCAUUACCUGACUUUCCCUUCUGAGUGGGAGGACAUCAGUCGUGUGAAGGAAGCAGCAGUGAUGGGAGGACUGGCUGUUUUCGUUCUUCUGAGUUCUUUCUCUGUGAUUCAAACCCUUGAGCUUCUUGAGCAGAUUCAUUUGACUGAAGUUGAACUUGGUAGCAAYGUGACUCUGACAUGUGAAGUCUACGGCCAUGAAAAGGGGUUGUUUUACUGGUUCAAACUGAACUAUGGAUAUAUGGUCCAAACAGUUGCCAAAGGAAGUUUUAACCAUGUAAAUCUUGAAAAACAGUUUGAAAACUCAAGAUUCAGUGUCGUAAAUAUGGCUGAUGUGCAUUCUCUCACCAUAAAAAAUGUCAGCAAAGAGGAUGAAGCAACUUACUUCUGCCAGACAGGAACAGCGUACACGAUGGCCUUUGUUAAUGGUACCCAUCUGGCUGUGAGAGGUCCUCAAAAUAAUCUUGAGUACGUGAACCAAAGUUCAGAUACCAAAUCGGUCUCCCUCGGCACUGCAGUGACUCUGAACUGUUCACUUUUCCCGGUGAAGAAAGAAAACUCCCAUCAGUGUGAGCACAGAGCAUUCUGGUUCAGAGCUGGAUCUAAUCCRGGAUUAAUUUACACGGAUAAAACCAAGUGUGAUCCGCAAACAAGAAGAAGCUGCAUCUAUCAGCUGUCCAAAAUGAUUCAGAAGUCCUCGGACGCUGGGACCUACUACUGUGCUGUCGUCACGUGUGGUCAGAUCCUGUUUGGAGAGGGAACUAAAGUGGAGAUAAGACAAGAAGUGUCGCUCCUGGUCAUCAUUCUCGGAGUCCUGCUGGGCUGCUCUGUUCUUAUAAAUUUAACUUUGAUUCUUACCAGAAGGAAGCAAAAAGGAGCUUCUGACUAUAGCAAAGGAGAUGGAACAGCUUUCACUUGUAUUAAAUUAGAUGAAUUCACAGUGGAUCAGCCUGGCAACAUGCAGGAUGGUGAAGAGGAUGGAAUGAACUAUGUAGCGCUGAACUUCUCACAGAAAUCUACAAGAUGGAAGAACAGGAGAGAAACACCUGGAGAAUGCACAUAUUCCACCAUUAAACAAUCUGUGAAAAAACACACAGCGACCAGAGAUGCUGAGAGGACACUAAACUACAGUGUUGUUCAGCGUUUGACAGAAUCAGAUCCAGCAGACCCAGGGACUCUGCAGUGCUCAGUUCUCUCUGAUUCUGAGAACCAGACGUGUUCAGAAGAUCCCAGUGUGUUCUGGUUCAAAGCCAGUUCACAAAACUCUCAUCCAGAUAUCAUGUACACUGAUGGGAUCAGACCUGAGGAAUGUGACAAGACUUUUGACCCUCAGAGGAGAUGCAGAUUUAAGUUUUCAAAGAAGAUCCACUCCUCUGAUUCUGGGACUUAUUACUGUGCCGUGGCCACAUGUGGGCAGAUAUUUAUAGGAAGUGGAACCAACCUUAAAGGAGCAUUUGAUGGUCUGGAUCACCACACCUCCCUCUGGUAUUUAAGCAUCAAACGUCUCGAUGAGGCCAGUGUGAAGAUGACUCUGGUAUGGGUUACACUGUUUCUUCUUCAUCAAGGACAUUCUUUAGUUCCAGUCGUGACGGUUCAACCUGGUCAAACUGUGACUUUUACGUGUACUUUCACUGAGACGUAUCAGGCCGUCACAUGGCUUCACUGGUACAAGCAGAGUGGAGGAGAGAAUCUGAAAUUGAUUACGAUGCUACGUAAAAAUACAAACCCCAGCUAUGGACCUGAAAUUAUAGCUUCAAGGUAUGAAACAACUUACGAAUCAACCAUUUGCAAACUGACAAUUCUGAAGACAAUUAAAGAAGAUGAAGGGAUGUAUCACUGUGCUCAUAUGGACUGGAUAGAUGCUACUUGGACAGGAACUUAUUUGUCAGUACAAGGAAACUCUGAGAGGACAUCUUGGUACAACGUAGUUCAGCAGACACCAGGUUCAGGUCCAGCUCAUCCAGCAUAUUCGGGGGAACUUCAGUGUUCAGUUCUCUCUGACUCCAAUAAUGAGAUGUGUUCAGGAGAUCAUGGUGUGUUCUGGUUCAGAGCCCGGUCCAAUACGUCUUAUCCAGACAUGAUCCACACUGAUGGGAACAGAGCUGCUCACUGUGAUAAGAAACGUGACACUGAAAGGAGAUGCAGGUAUCAGUUCUCCAAGACCAUCAGCUCCUCUGAUGCUGGGACUUACCUCUGUGCCGUGGCCACAUGUGGACAGAUCUUAUUUGGAAGCGGAACAAACCUGGAGAUGGGAGAUCUCGGUGCCAUCUGGUUCAGAGCCCGGUCUGAUAAGUCUUACCCAGACAUGAUCUACACUGAUGGGAAGAGAGCUGCUCACUGUGAUAAGAAACGUGGCACUGAAAGGGGAUGCAGGUAUCAGUUCUCCAAGAACAUCAGCUCCUCUGAUGCUGGGACUUACCUCUGUGCCGUGGCCACAUGUGGACAGAUCUUAUUUGGAAGCAGAACAAACYUGAAGAUGGAUGAAACACCAAGUUCCGAAAUUAAUUUGCUGAUGGUCAUAAUAAUUUGCCUGGCCAUUUCUGUGACUGUAAAUAUUGUUUUCAUCUGUUUCCGAAUGAAAAAAUCAGCAAGUAAGCAGCUUAAAGAAACAAGGAACAAUGACAUGAACCAACUGGACCAUGAUAAUAGUGGAGUCGGACAGGAUCUGAAUUAUGCUGCGUUACAUUUCUCUGGAGGUGAAGCACCAAGAGGCAAGAAGAAGAGAGAGUUGACUGAAGAAAGUGUUUAUUCACAAGUCUUCUCUUCUACACAGAAUGUAGCUUACCUGUGUAGUGCUACCUCCACUCCUACAGGUCACAUCACUCCCUCUUUAGGAAAGAAGGGUUGA